UAGGAACUAAAUUAAAAAAUACAAAUAAAGGUCUUCUCCUUCCCGUCUAGAUGUAGAAAUCCCUAAAACUUGCUACUGUUUUGCAUACGGGGCUUGUACAAAUAAAAACCACCCAAUUCCUACGCUUUCCUCUACAAAUUGUCCCCUUUUUUUUUUAACUUUUAUACUUUCAAUUCAUCUUUGGUUCUGUAGAAUUCCCAGGAAUCAGCAUUCCACUGUAAGCUACUGGUUUCUCUAAUUAACUGUAGAUCGAUCGAACUUUUAUAGAUUCGGGAUUGUUUCUCCCAAUAUUUCUGUAGAAAUUACUACAAAAAAAAUUAGAUUUUCAGCUACUCUGAGUCUACCUUGAAUCGUUUGAAAUCGAAAACCCUUUCCUUUAAUUUCAAAGAGUCGCUUAAUUAGGGUUUAGGAUAGAUGGAGAAGAAGAAGGUGACGAUUCCACAAGUGUGUCAUGGCCAUUCAAGACCUGUUGUUGAUUUGUUCUACAGUCCAAUUACUCCUGACGGUUUCUUCCUCAUCAGCGCUAGCAAAGAUUCGCAUCCAAUGUUGAGAAAUGGGGAAACUGGAGACUGGAUUGGUACAUUUGAAGGGCAUAAAGGUGCAGUUUGGAGUUCUUGUCUGGAUAACAAUGCAUUACGUGCUGCAUCUGCUUCUGCCGAUUUUUCAGCCAAACUUUGGGAUGCGUUAACAGGGGAUGUGCUGCAUUCUUUUGAGCACAAGCAUAUUGUCCGAGCAUGCGCCUUCUCAGAGGAUACAAAAUCGUUGCUCACAGGAGGGUUUGAGAAAAUUCUUCGUGUUUUUGACAUGAAUCGGUUGGAUGCACCUCCUACAGAAGUUGAUAAAUCUCCUGGUUCUAUCAGAACCCUCACAUGGCUUCACAGUGAUCAAACAAUAUUAAGUUCAUGUACUGAUAUUGGCGGUGUAAGGUUAUGGGAUGUGAGGAGUGGGAAAAUUGUGCAAACGUUAGAAACUAAGUCUCCUGUCACCAGUGCUGAAGUGAGCCAAGAUGGACGGUAUAUAACAACUGCUGAUGGGUCAACUGUUAAAUUCUGGGACGCUAACCAUUUUGGACUAGUGAAGAGUUACGACAUGCCCUGCAAUAUUGAAUCUGCAUCGUUGGAGCCAAAGUCUGGUGAAAAAUUUGUUGCUGGUGGAGAGGAUAUGUGGGUCCGAGUGUUUGAUUUCUACACUGGCGAAGAGAUUGGAUGCAACAAGGGACAUCACGGUCCAGUACACUGCGUUAGGUUUACUCCCACUGGUUUAUCCUAUGCCUCGGGAUCUGAAGACGGGACAAUCAGAAUCUGGCAAACAACACCAGCAAAUCCCGAAGAGAACGAAACUAGCUCGAGGAGAGUGAAGCAUAGCGUGGAUGAAGUUUCAAAGAAGAUUGAAGGCUUUCACAUCAACAAAGAAGGAAAAACCGCAGAGAAACCAUCUGAUACUUAAGCUAAACUGAGCGUACAAAAAGCCUCUAUAUGUCUUAGUUCAUGAUUUGCUAUGUUUUGUUUCCAGACUGAAUGAUUAUACAGAGAAAACAAACAAAGAUCUCCCUCUCUUCUUUUGAAUCAAAACAUGGGUGUUAAAAUUUAAUAGUUUUCUUUCAAGUGUCUUUUUCAAUAUUGAACUAAAUUUAGGGACGAAUUUGUGAUUUAUGAUUAUUUGACUUUAGAUUGGGCUUG